AUGAUAGUUCCUCAAUUUUCCUUCACUACCUGUCAUAUACCAAUUGAUACAGAUGCUCUAUAUGACAUUAUUUCUGAAGCUGGUCUCAAUAAUGGUAUGGACAAGAUGCAAUUUGGUGAUGAAGCAUUAGUUCAAUGGUCACGUUUUUUCAAAGUUGAACAACUUGGUGAUAAUUUUGGCUGCUAUAUUGAAACAGAUGGGAUCUAA